GUUCAUCAGUUCAAUUCUAAGAUAUUCUGAAGGUACACAGUAAAAAAUAAUUACUACGGUUAUAGCGUGUAAUAGAAGAUCAUUGAUAAUUGAAGUAAAUUUCAAACGAUUAUCGUAGCAAGCGUAGUUGAUAAGCAAAGUAAGUUGAAUUUUCCUCCAAAAGUUCCACUGAAAUUACACAAAAUAUAAAAACACUUGAGAGAAAUCCGAAAAAGUUAAAAGAACAUUCCGGAAAUGUUUAUUUUACCCUGCAUUAUUGAUCCGAAAUCGUUGUAAAUAUUACCCUUUUUAGGUGUACUAGGGGUUAAAUUAUCCCUUUUUCAUGUUAAUUAUAUCCUUAAAAAGGUGUAAAAUUAACAUUAAAAAAUGUGGAUACAUUUUUACACCUAAAAAGUGUUAAAGUUAUGAGGAAAAAAUGUUAAUCGCACCCUCUUUUUUUUCUCAGCAAAGAAGAAGAAUGAGUUGAACCGAAAUAUUUGAAAGUUGAACUUUUCUCUGCGAUAAUCGGUUGAAAAAUUACGGAAACUGCCGCCACUGAAUCUUAGUCCUUAAUUAAGUACUUAGUGUUAAGGUUUUGUCAUGUCAUUUCAUUUUCGCUUCGCCAUAAACCGCUGACAUUUGUUUCAUUUUAAAAUUCGUUUUAAAUAGUCAAAUGUUUUACGACACCUUUAAAAUUAAAUCAUUAAGUUAAGAACUUUAUUAAAUAGUACUUAAUUAAGGACUUAGUGUGUCAGCCGAAGCCUUUCUUUCUUCCCAGGUUGUGAUGUCACAAGAAGAAGGGGUUACUCAUUUCAAUUUUUAUUGACAAGGGUUUCUCGUUUCUGCAGUUUCGUAAACCAUUUCUCGGAAAAUGUUUCUUUGUUUGAAUUUAUCUUUUCUCCUUCAAAGAACUUGUAGUGUUUCUUCACAUGGGAAAUUCCCUCUCAACUUUCUAUCACAUCCUAGUUUGUAAUGGCUCAAACAAAAGUAAAUAACUUUCGGGGCCACUUGAGAGAUUUCCAAACAAUAUUCCUCAAGUUUCUUCCACUUAGCAUUAUGCGAUAAUUUUCAAUGAAUGUAAAUACUUUAUAAGUGACCACUCGUGUGACCACCAACCUAGGGAUCAUCUUGAAAUUUUUAUGCACUUCACUGAUUAAAUUCGAGAGCUCCUUCCCUUAUCUAUCUUAUAAAAGCGAACGGGAAAUACUACUGACCGUCAGUUCAUAUCUUCUUGUUUUUGAGAUAAUUUCCUGAAGUGAAAAUGAAAGUUAUUCUGUGUACAAUUUUAUUGAUUGGAACCGCUAUGGCGGCUUCUAUUGUACCCAAGAUUGUUGGAGGAAAACCAGCUCAACCGCAUGAGUUUCCUUACAUGGUUUCACUUCAAUGGGUUUCACCUAAAAAAACGCAUUUUUGUGGAGGAUCCCUCUUGAGUGAGAGAUGGGUCCUUACGGCGGGACAUUGCGUACAUGCCUUAAAAGGAAAGGAUGAAGUUGUUGCUGGAGCUCAUAGUAUUAAGAGUCCGGAUCAGUAUGAACAGAGAAGGAAGGUUCUUAGAACUUUUGUUCAUGAGGAUUACAGUGGAGAUGUUGGUCCUCAUGAUGUUGGUCUGGUUGAGGUAUCAGAACCCUUUGAAUUCAACGAAUACGUUCACAGUGUCAACUUGCCCUCUAAAGACACUUUCUACCCCGCUGGACCUGCCACACUUUCCGGAUGGGGAUCCAUUUCCAACGGCUUCUUUCCAAGCUAUCCCGACAAACUUUUGAAAGCUGAUCUCCCCGUUCAAACCGCUGAUUUCUGCUUCACUAACUACCCCGGAACCCCAAUGCACGAGAGCAAUAUCUGUGCUGGAGACCUUGAUGGUUCCCUGGCUGCCUGCAGUGGGGAUUCCGGCAGUCCUCUUACGGUUAAUAACGCAGAAGGAAAAGCUGAAGUUUACGGAAUUGCAAGCUGGACUUGGAUGCCAUGCGGAACUCCAGGAAAAACGGGAGUUUUCGUAAAUGUGUCUUUCUACUUGAAGUGGCUCAAGGAGAAAAUGAACAACUAAUAUUGUGUUUCUAAUUUAAAUUUGGAUAAAAGUGAUAAAAAAAUAAAUAUGUAUGCAAAUUGAAAA